AUGAAUAAGGCAUACAACAUUACUAGUCAAGUGUACUUGAAAUGGAUGACCGCUAACAAAAAUUUAAUGAAGUUCAACGACAUCUACAUGAACGCAAUCCGCAACCUGCAAAUAGGUGCAAAUGAGGUAUGUCCAAACGAAACAAAACUUCCGAGUCAACUCGUCAAUCUUCUGAAUCGCAUAUCGGGGUUGACCUCAACCACGGAGAUCCAUAUGAAGCUCCAACUCAUUAUAUGGUACGAGAUCACAAGACAAAACAAAAAGAAAGCUAAAAGGAGUUCAAAGUUUAUCGAGUGA